AUGUUUGGAUAUCCAAUGAAACAGAGUUUUUUAAUUGCCACCUUCAUCAUCGGUAUUUGCGUCCCAGCGGUAUAUUGUUUCACAGCUUCAGAAAUCGAAAUAUUCCAGUUACAAAAGGAAUUAGAAAAGAAAUAUGGUGCUGAUAUUGAUUUCUACAAGUUUUUGAAGUUACCAAAAUUGGCACAUUCCAGUUCUCGUGAAAUAACUAAAAACUUAAGAAAAUUAUCUAAAAAAUAUCAUCCUGAUAAGAAUAAAAAGUAUAAAAAAUUAUAUCAACGUUUAAAUUUGGCUACUCAGUUUUUAGCCAAUGAUGAAUUAAGGAAAAACUACGAUUAUUAUUUGAAAAAUGGGUUCCCAGAUUAUGAUUUCUCUAAAGGUGGGUUCUUCUUUACAAGAGUUCAACCUAAAACAUGGUUUAUCAUGUCAUUCAUAUAUUUAAUUGCCGGUUUUAUUCAUUAUGUUUUAUUGACAUUACAAUCUAAAUCAAAUAAGAGAAGAACUGAAGAUUUCAUUAAACAAUGUAAAGCUCAAGAUGAUACUAAUAGUCUUGGUGAAAAAAGAUUAUUUUUUAAACAACAUGAGGAAGAUGAAGGUAAAGAACUGCUGGUAAAAUUCGGUGAUGUUUAUAUAGUUGAGUCUGACGGUUCCCAAACUUUGAUCUCCACUGACACGAUAAAAGAUCCCACUAUUUUCGAUUCUUUGUUAUUUAGAUUGCCAUUGUGGUUCUGGAAUAAAUCUCUUGGUAGAUUCGUAAAAUUCCCUUCAAGGACAAUUAAUAACAAUGCAUCUGAUUCAUCAAAUGAUAAAAGAUUGGGAUCACUUGCUAAAGAAGAGAAAGCUGAAGCUGUGCCAAGAUCGAUAACAACAACAAAGACUGUAUCUUCGAAGAGCGGCCAAGAAAAGAAAAUUUUACCGAAUGGGAAGGUCAUUUAUUCAAGAAAGAAAGAUUAA